AUGCUUCUCACCAAUAUCAACACUGUCGCCAUCGUUCUCUGUGCUUUCUUCAGCACAUCUUCUGCCACUCAGAUCAUUGAUAUCGUGAAGCACUCAACAACAACCUGCGGUGAUUCUGGAGGACCAACCAGGAAUUAUAACUCUGGUGAUUGUUAUACUUUCUAUGAUACUGAUCAUGGAUUGGUGUUGAAAAACAUGCCACGAGGCUGCACUUUGACUACCUAUGCAGCUAAAGGCUGUGGCGGAGUAACCAGUCACUAUGGUACAGACCGUCUCAAUCAAUGCAUCUCUCUACAGGGUAGAUGGUCGAUGAAAGUAGUUGGUUGUUAAGCUUCUGAUGUGUUUUGGAAAUGGAAGACUCGUCAUGUUGCACUGGUGGUCUCCUUAAGCUGUCUGAAGUUGUACUAGAAUAUCAUAUCUUUGUAUCGAAGUUCGUCAUUCAUUUCUCGAGUUGUUUUGGGAGAAAUUAAGGAUUCUUUAAGUUGUUAGU